UUCCUUCCCGCAGUGUGCAAGUACGUGGCGGUGGAGCUGAAAUCCGCUUUUGAGGAGACCGGCAAGACCAAGGAGGUGAUUGACACCAAGUACGGCUUCCUGGACGGGAAGGGCUCUGCCGUCCAGUACACGCAGGACAUCCGGUUAAUCGAGGUGACGGAGAACAUCUGCAAGCGGCUGUUGGAUUACAACCUGCACAAGGAGAGGAGCGGCAGUAACAGAUUCGCAAAGGGCAUGUCGGAGACAUUCGAGACCCUGCACAACCUGGUGCACAAGGGCGUCAAGGUAGUGAUGGACAUCCCCUACGAGCUGUGGAACGAGACCUCCGCUGAGGUGGCUGACCUCAAAAAGCAGUGCGACGUGCUGGUGGAGGAGUACGAAGACGUGAUCGAGGACUGGUACAGGCACCACCAGACGGAGGAUCUCUCCCAGUUCCUCUGCGCCGACCACGUGCUAAAAGGGAAGGACACAAGCUGCCUGGCAGAGAAGUGGACUGGCAAGAAGGGCGACUUGGCGAGCGUGGGGGAGAAGCAGAGCAAGAAAAAGAGCGGGAAGAAGAAGAAGAAGGGCCGGAAGGAUGAGAGCGAGGGAGCUGCCGGCCUCCCGGGGAGGCUGUUGGUCAUCGAGGAGGCCAACUGGCUCACACUGGAGAAGGACCUGGAGAAGCCAGGGGACGGGUUCGACGCAGUCAUCUGCCUGGGCAACUCCUUCGCGCACCUGCCUGACUUCAAAGUAUCCGGUGGGAAUGCCCCUUGCUGGCACUUGCCCCCAUUGCCUCGUCCUGUCACCUAG